AUGUCCGAUAAAAAACUUUUUAGACGCGAUGAAAUUUACAAUCGCAAUACUAAGACGGAUGCAGUGUUUAUUAUACAAAAUCAAGUGUACGAUGUAACGAAAUUCUUGGAUGAUCAUCCUGGGGGCCAUGAGGUGCUCUUGAAUGUCGCGGGCAAGGACGCCAGCGAGGAUUUUGAAGACAUCGGUCACAGUAUGGACGCUAAGGAAUUGAUGAAGAAGUAUUUGAUAGGCGAAUUGGUUGAAGAGGACAGAGUCGAGCCUAAGAAACGAAAGUUUGAUUGGGACAGCCCUAAGACUGAAAAAACAGAGACCAGCUUCACCAGUUCUUGGAAAUUCCCCAUCCUUUUGGGGUUGAUAAUGACUGUCCUGUACACUUAUUUAUUUGGUUAA